CUAAUGGAGCUACAGUUUAUAUUUCUUCGAGAUCAGUUAAUGCAUGUGAUCAAGUUGCUAAAGAAUUAAACGCAAAAGGACCUGGUAAAGCGAUUAGUUUACCAGCUGAUUUACAACAAUUGAAUGAAUGUAAAAGAUUAGUUGAUGAAAUUGCGAAGCGUGAAGGAAAAUUACACGUUUUAGUUAAUAAUGCCGGUGCAAAUUGGGGUGCAUCGUUUGACAAAUAUCCUGAAGAAGCUUUUGAGAAAGUGAUGAAUUUGAAUCUCAAACGUGUUUUUAGUUUAACGCAAGCCGCGCUACCCUUACUAGAAAAAGCAAGCACACAAGAUGAUCCGGCAAGAGUAAUUAACAUCGGUUCAGUUGACGGCGAAAGAGUCCCACCUUUAGAAACCUACGCCUAUCCAGCUUCAAAAGCCGCACUUCGUCAUCUAACUAAUGUUCUAGCCGGUAAUCUUUCACAACGUAACAUAACCUUCAAUACAAUAGCACCUGGUCCAUUUGAAUCAAAAAUGAUGGCAACAACAUUAAAAACAUUUAAUAAAGGAUUUAAGGACUUAAUCCCAUUAGGCAGAAUUGGUAGUCCAGAAGAUAUCGCUGGGACUUGCAUUUAUUUAUGUGGUAGAGCUGGCGCAUAUACUAACGGUGCUACUAUUUCAGUUGAUGAAAGAUGUAUAAUGUUGGUGGACAGAAGCUCGCUAAAUUUUGAUAUUUCAGAAGAACAAUUUGUCAAAAAAUGGUUGAGUAAUUUUUGA